AAUCUCCCUCAGCUUCAACUUUAUCAGCUCACAAACUUCGUAGCCACAUUUCCUUGGCGAGUUUUGAAUCACAUCAAAUCAAAUUCUGAUCCUCAAAGAUUGAAUUUCGUUCAUGAAAGAAAGUUGGAGAAUGAGAUGUUGACUUCGUUGACUAAUUAGUAGAUCAACGGUUCCAAAAGUCUGUUAGAUGCUAGGAGGUUGCAAAGAAAUUUGAGAGUUUGUGCUCCUGGCAGCUAUUUGUAGCCGAAGUGAUUGCUUUAUAGUACCUGAGCUCAGUUGGAUGUCAUUACUGAGAGAUCUUUCUUCAAUUGAGCUUGAGUAAUUGCCAAUAUGGGUGUCUCAGGGAAAUGGAUAAGAGCAUUGGUUGGUUUGAAGAAAUCAGAAAAAUCUCAGUCUUCAGAAAAGGAUGAAAAUAGGGCUGGUAGCAAGUCUCGUCACCGUAGAAAGCAUUCUGUUGAAUUUGACUGUGACAAACUUCAAUGUGAUUCGAAUCCAAAUGCUGCUCCAGCAGUUAAAGAUAGUAGCACUCAAAUAAAUCCCGAUGCAGCUGGUUCCCCUUCUAGUUCACUUCCAGUACAUGAUACAGCACAGAGUCAGCUGAAUGUAAGGGAAGAAUGGGCUGCAAUACGAAUUCAAACAGCUUUUCGUGGUUUUCUGGCUCGAAGAGCUCUACGAGCUUUGAAAGGGUUGGUGAGACUUCAAGCUCUUGUUAGAGGUCAUGCAGUGAGAAAACAGGCUGCCAUAACUCUUCGCUGUAUGCAAGCUUUAGUUAGAGUUCAAGCUCGUGUGCGAGCAAGGCGUGUUCGUAUGGCAUUGGAAAGUCAAACAGUUGAACAAAAACUUCAACAACAACUUGAAAAUGAAGCACAUGUCCGAGAAAUAGAAGAAGGUUGGUGUGACAGUGUCGGAUCUGUUGAAGAGAUUCAAACGAAGUUGUUAAAGAGACAGGAAGCCGCAGCUAAGCGAGAAAGAGCAAUGGCAUAUGCUUUGGCUCACCAGUGGCAAGCAGGAUCCAGACAACAAGCUGCUCCUUCUGGAUUUGAACCAGAUAAAAGCAGCUGGGGUUGGAACUGGUUGGAGAGAUGGAUGGCGGUUCGCCCUUGGGAAAACCGAUUUUUAGAUAUUAAUCUUAAAGAUGGAGUUAUGGUAGGAGAGAAUGGGUCAGCUGAGGGGAAAAAUGGAACCAAAUCCCAGCUAAAAUCUGCUGGGAAAAAGCCAUUUACAACAAAUAUGCCUUCAAAUCUUUCGCACCAGAAAACUGGUGGCGCUCAUUCUGAUGGUUGCAGUUCAUCGCCCAGCAAAUCAGCAACCAUAGUUGAGGCAUCCAACACACAACAUUCCAAGCCAAAAUCCAAGCCACAUUUAGAAGAUCAAACGACAGAAGGAAACUCAAAACCUGCUGUUAGUUCGAGAUCUCAAAGCAAUCCAAAAGAGAGAUCCACACAAGCUGAUAAACAAGCAAAGAAGAGGUUGUCUCUACCAAAUAACAGGGGAGGUUCUGGUGCUGAAGCAGCCAGACAACUCAAUAGAACUGCUGCUAAAGGUACACCCAAUUCUCAGAAGCCUGGGAAGGAAAGAUCGAAACCUAAUGGAAGAGAGGAACUAACUCCUUCAAAACCUGUCCUGCAAACUAUGGAUCCGUAGCUUAAAAUAUCCCCCAGAAAAAUAAUCUCCGGCUAUUCUUGGUUUAGAUGCCACUGUUUGAGGCUGUACAUAUUGAGCUACCAUAAGAGGAUUCAACCACAUUACAUUCACUUCUGUACAAAUUUAUUAAGUGGUUUAGCUGCAGCAGUGUCAAGAGGAUUAGGCUUGUCACAAGAAUAGCUAGUAUUAGUGUGAGAUGACCAGGUAUAUUUGUGGUGUUAAUUAUGUGAUUAUAUUUAUGCAUAUUAUAUUAUUAUUUUUCAAAUGUAAAAAUUUCAGAGUUGUCUGUCUCAAUAUUAAUUAAGUUGUUUUCCCUCUCUGGUAGUGUACUUUUUUUUUUGUACUUAUGUUGCAUCAAGGAUUUGGGAUACAAAUUUUUGUAUGAGAUGAGAAUUUUAGUGGUGAUUACCUAUA